UUCCCACCGCGGCGCGCGAGCUGCUGCAUCAACGGUGUCUGCGCGAGAGCUGCGGAGCGAGCCGGGCUACGGAGAGCUAGCAGGACGUGUGUGAAACGAGUCGGUGCGCGAACUUUAUCCGGUGGGUGCGAACUAAAGGUGACAACAUUCGUCGGGCCUGGAAGCGGAUAGCGAUGCCCCAGAUGCAUGUCAGGACCAAUCAGAGUCGGCGCACACAGGCACACGCGCCUUGUAAGCUGUGACCGUGAAUCGUACUAUCAAGGAAAUUCCUCUUUCCUCCAGGGUCGCCGCGGCGGCUUCUCUAUCUGGCGGUUUGUACAGCUGCACAAGCUUCUGUUUCUACAACACAACACAGAGCACACUCUGUAUGGACAUGUUGUCUUAGCCACUCGAGAGGUCACCGGAAGCUGAAGUCGGUGUUGCCCGACCGCUGGCCUCUGACCCUGGUGGCAGGACCCGGACUGUCGUGUAGCAUGACCUGAAGUGGAUCGCUCUCAUCAUCCAAAGCUGCGGCUGAACGAAGGCGAACGCAGGAGACUCCGGGAAGACGCAAUGGCUACUGAAGAAAAUGUGUCUCAGGUCGGGGCUGUCGUCCCGGCUCGCCGUGCUCCGCCUCCAUCCAGAGAAGCCAGACACGCGAACGACAGCCAGGAGGUAUGGCGACACUCCGACCAAUCGUGGCAGUCGAAACAGCGGAGCAGCCCUUCUCUUGUCUUUUAUAGGAAGCUGUCAUGUGACCGUGGGAAAGGGAACAUUUUGGACGAGGAAUACGAGUGUUUGGAUUUCGACUCGAAGCUCUCGAGUACCGAAGAAAAACAUUAUCCAGAGCUGUCGACUGGCAAGGAAAUUGAAGGAAUAACCAAUACUCUGACUUCGAUACCUGGGACAAGUUCAAAGGCAUCUCAGUGCCAGCUGGACACCCUUGAAGAGGUCGUGGAUGCAAACAGAAAUGGCAGCGUCCAAUGCUCCUGCACCCUGUCGAGCCUUAACAUGGGUCCCGACAGAUCAAGCCCCACCCCCAGUCCCUCGAAGGCCAACAGGAGGCACGUCCGACGCAGCAGCCUCCCUGUGUCAAUGCUGGCUUUCCACAAGACGCCACCCUGCCUCUUAGCUGGGUGCCGUCCAUCCAGUGAGCCGAGCUCUCGGGCCUCGUCUCCCUCCGGAUCCCCUCUUCCCAAACACCGCCGGCACAUUCACCAGCACCGUCUCAAGGAUGGCUACUCGAGUUUAGAGAGGAUCAACCGAAGGCCCAGGGUGAAGAAAUGCUCCCUGGAAAAACUAUUUGCAAGAAGAGCAUCUUUCGAAACCACGAGGUCAACUCCGAAGAGCGAUGAGCGGUCAUCCUCCAGAGUGACCAGGCACUGCAGCGGGGGGGGCAGCAGCAGCAGCAGCAGCGAUGAAGGGGAUGGAGAGGGCCUCUUGGAAAACGCCGACUUCAUUAGGAACCGUAAAGAGCGUUCCACUGUCCUGGUCAGACGCUUCUUCAAGAACAAUCGAAAGAUGACCAAGUCGGUGUGCACCGGAACGAGAGCGAUCGUCAAGGCGCUGCCGUCGGGAAGCAUCUCGGAGGACGUCUGGGAGGUGGUCGUCGGUCAGAGGGCCCGGCGACCCGGCGAGGAGAACGUGCGGCCGGUCGUGAUGCGAGCGUCAAAAGAAGAAUUCGGCGUUUGCAGGGAAAUGCUCCGUUUUAUUGGAGUUAAGCUGCGGCAGGUUAACAACUAUGUGCAGGACGGAGAGGAACUCAACCUGAUUCAUCCCGCCAAGCAGCUCCUCCUGUCCUGUGGGGGUCUCGGGGAGUCUCGCUGGCCAACGCACGCGGUCAGCGCCGGCCCGGUCGGACCGGACCUGAAGGCCUGCCUCAAUCCCUGGUGCUGUCAUCCCGCUCAUCCCCCGAGGUUUUAUCGCGCCUGCGGUCAGAGGACGUCGGUGUGCUCCCUGCUGACCGGAGCCCUCCUCGAGGCCACGGCAGCUCUCGGAGCCCGCUCUGCUCUGCCCUGCCUGCUGCCCCAGAGCCCCAACAGCCACGCCGUGCUGAAAGAGCGUCAGCUGGCCAACAGUAUGACCAGCGGCGGCUCUUUUCAACCCAGCGCCGGUGGGAUCAGUAAGGAGCUGGCGGAGGUGCGUCACCUGGUUCAGUUCCCCGAGGAGAUCGCCUGCAUCCUCACCGAGCAAGAGCAGCAGCUUUACCAACGGGUCUUUCCUCUGGACUACCUCUGCUUCCUCACUCGAGACGUGGGCAGCCCCGACUGUCAAACCAAGCGCCACACACACCUCAAGGCCUCGGUGUCUGUGCCCGCCAUGCCGACCCAGAGCGCUCGGCGAAGUAACGCCGUGGAGGACCUGGUGGCGCGGUUCAACGAGGUGAGUUCGUGGGUGACGUGGCUGAUCCUAACAGCAGGAUCCAUGGAGGAGAAGAGAGAAGUCUUCUCCUAUCUGGUCCAUGUCGCUAAAUGCUGUUGGAAUAUGGGGAACUACAACGGUGUGAUGGAGUUCCUGGCUGGACUCAGGUCCCGCAAGGUGCUGAAGAUGUGGCAGUUCAUGGAUCAGUCGGACAUCGAGACGAUGCGGAGCCUCAAGGACGCCAUGGCGCAGCACGAAUCUUCUUCCGAGUACAAGAAGGUUGUGACCAGAGCUCUCAACAUCCCAGGAUGCAAGGUGGUGCCGUUUUGUGGGGUUUUCCUGAAGGAGCUGAGUGACGCGUUGGAUGGGACGGCAAGCAUCAUCAGCCUGAAACCACCUCUGUAUAACAGAGAGGACUCAAUAGAGUUUGUGUCCGACUACAGCGGCCAGCACAACUUCCUGUCGCGGUCGGGUCCAGAUGGACUACACGUCCCGGAGAAAGAAGCUACCGUCAGCAGCAUCCUCCAGAUCAUCAGAUCUUGUAACCGUAGUUUGGAGGCGGAGGAUCCUGACGAGGCCUCCACCAGUCCCUCUACGACUGGCCCAUCCCCUGCAUCCAGAAAUAACUCCUUCAGGGACGGCUGCCGCAAUCAAUUCAUGGUGGGGGACCUGUCGGACUCGGAGGGCGACUUGUCGUCCGAGCCGGUGGUGAAAGAGGUGGAGUUCCACGGGACUGAAGAGACGCACCGAGCUUUCAGCCACGGCACUGAGCUCAUUCCCUGGUACGUGUUGUCACUGCAACCGGACGUCCACCAGUUCCUGCUGCAGGGCGCUACGGUCAUCCACUACGAGCAGGACAGCCACCUCACGGCUCGCUGUCUGCUGCGCCUCCAACCCGACAACACCACGCUCACCUGGGGUAAGCCUCAGAGCGGAGGGGCUUCACCCACUGAGCAACCACUGGGAUUAGGACAGGCUGUAGUGGCAGGACUAGCAGAGGGCCUGUUGGACCUGGGAUGGGUGAAGGCGGUGUUCCUGGGUCAUCAGGGAGUCGACGUCCACGCUGUAUGUCUGCAAAACAAGCUGAGCCAGAUGACGCUGGAGGGAAACGGUCUCAGCCUCCUCUAUGGUCUCACCACCACAGACAACCGGCUCCUGCACUUCGUGGCCCCCGACCACACGGCCCAGAUGCUUCAUAAAGGCCUGUCGGCGCUGGUGAACGCAUCCAGAAAGUUGAAGAAGUUUCCUGACCAAAGGUUACAGUGGCUCAGGAAGCAGUACGUCAGCUUGUAUCAGGAGGACGGCAGGUACGAAGGCCCGACUCUAGCUCAUGCCAUCGAGCUGUUCGGUGGGCGGCGGUGGAACAUGGGUUCAGGCGGAGUGGAGAAACCCGCUGGCCAGAAGAACAGCCCUCUGAGCAUCAACGAUAAGGCCAAGAAGAAGAAGAAGGUCCUUGUCAGGGGAGACAGCGGGGAUGCCACGGAUGACGAGAUGGUUUCCAGGAAAACCCGGAGCUGUAAGGAGGGCGUGUAUCGUAACGGACCGGAGUCCGACAGCAUCGAACAAGAAGAUCCAGAGGACAGCUUCCCCGGACCAUUCUCCCUCUCAGCCAGUAAAACCCCCGGUUUGCUCGCCUCAUCUUCUUCCUCCUCCUCCUCCUCCUCCUCCUCUUCAUCCAGUAUGACAGGGUCCAACAAUUCACGCCCACAAUCCUCUCCGAUUCUCUCAGGAACAGCCAAGUCACAGCCGGGGACGUGGAGCAGCAGGUCGUGGCACGGCCGAGGCAAAGGCUGUUUCAAAGGCUUCCAGAAUCUCAUGAUUUCUGACAGCACGAUGAGCUUCAUCGAGUUUGUUGAGCUCUUCAAGUCAUUCAGUAUCCGAAGCAGGAAGGACCUGAAGGAGCUGUUCGACACCUUCGCCGUCCCCUGCAGCCGCUCGAGUCCGGAGGCGGCGCCGCUCUACACCAACCUCAGCAUCGACGACAAGGAUUCGGGGCUGCAGCCGGACCUCGACUUAUUAACCCGCAACGGUUCUGACCUGGGCCUGUUUAUCCGGACGAGGCAGCAGAUGUCUGACAACCAGAGGCAGAUCUCAGACGCCAUCGCGGCGGCCAGCAUCGUGACCAACGGGACAGGGGUGGAAAAUGCAUCGCUGGGGGUCUUGGGAUUGGCCAUCCCUCAGCUCAACGACUUCCUCGUCAACUGUCAGAGAGAGCACCUGAGCUACGAUGAGGUCCUCGGCAUUAUUCAGAAGUUUGAGCCCUCGUCGAGCAUGAGACAAAUGGGUUGGAUGUCAUUUGAAGGCUUUGCGAGGUUCCUGAUGGAUAAGGAGAACUUUGCUUCUCGUAAUGAGGAGUCCCAGAUGAACCCCGAGGAGCUGCAGUACCCUCUGUCCUACUACUACAUCGAAUCUUCUCAUAACACCUAUCUGACCGGACACCAGCUCAAAGGAGAGUCCUCUGUUGAGCUGUACAGUCAGGUGUUGCUGCAAGGCUGCCGGAGUGUUGAGUUGGACUGUUGGGAUGGAGAUGAUGGCAUGCCGGUCAUUUAUCAUGGACACACACUGACCACUAAAAUAGCCUUCAAGGAUGUGGUGGAGGCAGUCAGCCGGUCGGCAUUUGUCAAUUCGGACAUGCCGGUCAUCCUGUCCAUCGAGAACCACUGCUCCCUUCCUCAGCAACGCAAGAUGGCGGAAAUCUUCAAGACGGUGUUCGGGGAACGCCUCGUGACGCGCUUCCUUUUGGAGAGCGACUUCAGCGAUGACCCUCACCUGCCGUCGCCGCUGCAGCUGCGGGGGAAGAUCCUCCUCAAGAACAAGAAGCUCAAAGCGCACCAGGCGUCGGUGGACGUCCUCAAACAGAAGGCUCACCAGCUGGCCCACAUGCAGGCCCAGGCUAGCAAUUGGUCACCUGGGGUUACUUCACCUGCCAACCACACAAAUGAGGAAGAAGAGGAGGAGGAAGACGAAUACGACUAUGACUAUGAGUCUCUAUCAGAUGCCGACGUCCUCUCAGCCUCUACUGCCUCGUAUGGCCUGGAAGAUAACAUCCUGGACGACAAGCCAGAGGGGAAGAGCGCAGCAGACAAAGAAGAGCCAUCUGUCGAUGAGAUACCGAAGAGGAUGAAGAAGUCCGAGAGCACAACGCAGAGCAAAGGAAAGGUGUUUGACAUCGAGCUGGGCGAGGAGUUCUACCUCCCGCAGAACAAGAAAGAGAGUCGGCAGAUUGCCCAGGAGCUGUCCGACCUCAUCAUCUACUGCCAGGCGGUCAAAUUUCCCGGCCUGUCCACGCUGUCUCCGGCCGGCUCUGGCAGAGCGAAGGACCGAGGGAAGAGCAGGAAGUCCAUCUUCGGCACGGCUCCCGCUCGCUGCAGCUCAACAGGGGAGGUCGUGACCCAGAGCCGCACCCCUUUGAAAGGCGGCGCCGAGCGGCUGAGCUGGGAGGAGCAGCAGACGUCGCCCGUCCUCACCCCGCCCACCACUCUCAGCGCCAUCAUCCGCACGCCCAAGUGCUACCACAUCUCCUCCGUCAACGAGAACGCCGCCAAGCGCCUGUGCCGCCGCUACUCCCAGAAGCUGAUCCAGCACACCGUGUGCCAGCUGCUCCGCACGUACCCGGCAGCCACCAGGAUCGACUCCACCAACCCCAACCCGCUGCUCUUCUGGCUGCACGGCAUCCAGCUGGUGGCCCUGAACUACCAGACUGAUGAUUUGCCCAUGCAGUUGAACACGGCCAUGUUCGAGUCCAACGGCGGCUGUGGCUACGUCCUGAAGCCGGCCGUGCUGUGGGACCGCAGCUGCCCACUCUAUCAGCAGUUCUGCCCGAUGGAGAGGGAUGUGGAGAAGAUGAGCCCCGCCGUCUAUUCCCUCACGAUUGUCUCCGGUCAGAACGUGUGUCCCAGUCACAGCGCCGGCAGCCCGUGCAUCGAGGUGGACGUUCUGGGCAUGCCGCUCGACAGCUGCCACUUCCGCACCAAACCCAUCCACCGCAACACCCUCAACCCCAUGUGGAGCGAGCACUUCCAGUUCAUCGUGCACUUUGAGGAGAUGUGCUUCCUGCGCUUCGCCGUGGUGGAGAACAACAGCUCCCAGACCACCGCGCAGAGGACUCUGCCUCUGAGGGCCCUGAAGCCGGGGUACAGACACGUCCAGUUGAGGACGCAACACAACGAACAUCUGGAAGUGUCGAGCCUGUUCGUCUACAGCCGCAGGAUCGAGGAGGUUCCCACGGGGGGCGCCACGCCCUCCUCGCUGCUGUUCAGCUCGGAGGAGGAGCGCGCGGCGCGGCAGCACCGGGUGACGGUGUACGGCGCCCCCGGCCCCGAGCUCUUCGCCGUGUUCGGGAUUACCGAACAGACGACGGCCAAACAGCUGCUGGACACGGUCGUCGCUUCAGCGGGAAACCCGUCGGAGUACUUCCUGUGCGAGGAGACGGUUCCUCUGCUGAAGGAGCGCAGCGAGGUGAAGCGCUCCUCUCAGCAUCGGCCGCUGGCGCCCGAGGAGGAGGUGCUGAGGCUGGUCUCCAGCUGGAACUCCGAGGAGGGACACGUGGGGAGGAUCUGCCUCAAAACAAGAGAAGAGAACCUAAAUGACAAGAACUCUGUGCUGGAGGGAGAGGAGGAGGUGGCUGUGGGAGGUAGAGAAGGAGGAGGAGGAGGGACAGGAGGAGGAGGAGGAGCAGAGGACGAUAUGUUCUUUGUCCAGAUCCAUGAAGUUUCCCCGGAGCAGCCGCACACUGUGAUCAAGGCCCCGCGCUACAGCACCGCUCAGGACAUCAUACAGCAGACUUUGUCCAAAGCCAAGUAUUCCUGCAGCAUCCUCUCUCAUCCCAACCCGUGCGACUACGUCCUGAUGGAGGAAGUGACCAAGGACACCGGCUCCAAGAAGGCGUCGGCCGCCGCCAAGCCCCUGCAGCGCGUGCUCCUGGACCACGAGUGCGUCUACCAGGCUCAGAGCCGCUGGCGGGGAGCCGGGAAGUUCAUCCUGAAACUCAAAGAGCGGGUCGCUCUGAACACGGUGGUACGGGAAGACAAAAAGAAAGUAAUUUCCUUCGCCAGCGAACUCAAGAAGCUGACCGGUCGCAGCCGCAGCGUGGCGGUGGACGCUCCGGCGCAGAGUAAGGACGAGCGAGCGGCGUGCUGCGUGGCGCUGACCGAGCUGCAGGAGUGAGGCGCCGUCUGCACGGGAAGGCGACCGAGGGGGUCUGUCUGCAGGUCUGAAGGCGUGGGCGGCAGAGGGCAGGGCGGUUCCUACAGGCCUCCUCCUCCUCCUCUUCCUCGCCCCUCAGCAGGCCACUCCAAUCCAUCCACCUGUCCACCUCCUCUCUGACCCCACCCGCCUGGGGCUCCACCUCCUCAGGAGCUGGAGGAGCCACAGAUGAAGUCCAAAGGGAGAGACUCGGGUUGACUGCUUCUCCUUUCCGAGGACGUGGAGGUGAAGGGAGGACGGGAUGCGACGGGUCAGUCCACGUUCAGAACUCCCCCCGGCGUCCCUUCAGAGCUCCUCUGGGCUUAUUGGUUGUCGUGAGGCUCCACACCGAGUCUGGAGGACCAGAGGCAGCCAGGCAUGUGAUCGGGGACCGGACGUCUUCCUCCUCUGAGCAACAAGGAGAAGAGCACUUCCAAAGGAUGAAGAGUUAUGGGUGCCAGUUUUUUUUUUUUUUUAUCCUCCAAAAUAUAACAUCAAAUCAUACGGAAAUGUGCUAAGUGGUCUCUAUAGUGAAGAGUUCAGUGAAGCACAAUUCUUCUCCGAGUUCAUCCAGUGUCCCAGCAGUUUGCUCUCGGAGGACCAUGUCGUGUGUUUUGGUUCAAGGUCAUUCGAUGACCUUCUGGAAUCACACACACGACGCACAGCGCAGACGGAGUGAGAUGUGGAAAUGGGAGGAGAGGAGGUGGAACACGAUUCUUCUCUCUCUCAGGUCUGGGCUCUUUUUUGCGAGGCCGUCGAGCUGCUCCGGGGUUUUCCCGGCGGUUCCCGGUACUUUAAGGGCACGUGUUGAGCACCGCUCAGGAAACGCGUGACACAAAUAUUCCCAUCUUCUGGGAAUUUCGUGAACACUAUUGUCACAACUUUAAAGUGACGAUACUGUACGUUGAGGCAGUAUAGCUGCAGUUUAGCUGCAGGGGCAAAUGUGAAACUAUGUUUUAUCCCUCUGCUGAUACAUUUGCCUUUUUUUGUUAUCUUAAAAUUUUGCAAAACUACCUUUUUAACUUUUGGUAAUUGUGUGGCGACAAACCCAUUCAUGACAUCAUUAAUACGUCUCUGAAGAAUGAAAACAAGGUAUUUUGUCCGUAAACGUCUUCGAGGAAUGCUUCUUGGAAAUUUCUCCCAAACUUUACUGACGUUGACGUUUUUCAAAGCUGUUUGUUUGUCGCAGAAAAGAACGUUGAGAAUGUAACGUAAAAUAUGGUCUCAAUAAAAGUGGCCGUGCGUGAACUUAUUCAUUAUUAAAUUGGAAAGAUUAUGUUUUUUAUCCAGAAUAAGUCUCUCUGGUCGUUGAGAGUUUUGAGAGGUUCAACAUUACCAACAUUAAAGGUAAUAAAGCCAUUUCCACAAUAUUGAGGAUUGUAAAGACUUUGACAAGGGAAAAUAUUCCUCCUUAAUAUAUUUACCAUGGAGCAACGAUGCGUUGAGCUCUUCGGUCCUUUGGAGAAGCAGCCAAGCGUUCUUCAAACUGCAUUUUGCACAUUUUAUUUUUCCUUUGUUGUCUGAUAGAUGUCAGAGAUUUAUUUGCUAUGAGAUGAUUGAACUAUUAUUAUUUUUCUUUUAAAUGAUUAUGAUCAUUGUAUUUAUUACUUUUAGUUUGGUCCCAGUUGCAAAUUUGUCAGUAAUGAUUGUAUUGUCUUCUUAUUUCUCAUUUGGAUUCAGAAUUCACUUGAACUUGAUCGACCAGAAGUCACUUUUGAUCUUUUUCGGUAUAUUUGGAUUUUUUCAAUUUUUACUUUUUGAUAAAGUUAAGCUUAUUUUUUUAUCUUUCAAACAAAGUUUAGUUGUAUCUGGCAUUUCAGUUAUUAAUACAGAUAUUCCCUUUAGCGUCAUACUAAUAUGAAUUUUAAAUUCACAGUAAAAAGUUUUAUAUCAGGUAUUUGGGGUCGGUUCUGUCUUUCUGUGUCCGGAUAAUGACAACUUCAAUUCCUGAACUAAAUCUGGUAAAUGUGUUGUGACUUGUUUCUUAAUUAAUUUGGCUUAAGAAUGAAUUAUACUGUUAUGAGGAACUUUAAAACCGUAUUGACACGUGUUGUUAACAUGCCAGAAGUCAUUUAAAUGCGCGCCUUUUAUUCUGAAGGCCACAUUUUUACUUUCAUUUGCCUUUAAGUAAAACUUUGCAUAGCACCAAGUCGUAAUAUUUUAAUUGUAGUGCAAUAGUGAAGUUCUGUAACUUCCUUUAUGUUUUGGUUCUCAUCUUUUUUUUAACUCCUAUAUUUAAAUCUGGAGUUUCAAAGUCAUUUCCACACGAGGCUCAUCUGUUGGCUCCGUAAGGCCCGUUGUAAAUAGAUCACAAAGUUAUCCAAGAAACAACAACAACUCUAAACUGGUGAUUCCUUCAAACUACCAGGUGAUACCAGCUGAUAGAAAUAUGUGAAAUACACACCGACUUUUACCAGAAAGGGACAUUUUCUGUUCAAAGUUAAAUCUAUAAUCAGAAAGCUGUGUUUCUUUUUUUCCUUCUCUGACCUUGAGACCUCAUUUCUGAACGUCACAUUUCUUAAAUGUUUAGAACGUGAGACAAAUGUGCGUUUGGAUGUUAUUUAUUUGAAUGUGAAGCCCUGGUUGGCAAUUCUCUCUUGUUGUUGUUUGUGUUUAGUUUUUCCUGUAAGUAGUUGUAUGUGUUUUCUUUAAUUUAUUUCAAUAUGUGAGGAUAAACUCUCCACUGCCCUAACGUUACUCAAACUUAUUGAAGGCUGUAAAGAAAUAUUUUAUUUGAUGUGUCGAAUGGUAUUCAUACUGUACAUCCGACACGUUACUCUGCAGUACACAGCAACAUUUUAAUGACUUUAAUUUGUGAUUUAUCAUAAAUGUGGACAAAAGCUGACAGUUUAAAUCUUUGUUUUGAAAAACAUUUUGCUGUAUUAGUUAUAUCCGCCGAAUAUGACAUGAGUUUCAUCUUUAGCACACGGUUACUUCCAUAAUGUGCAUUUACUCUUUAACAUCCACUCUGUUAUAUGUUAUUAUGAUGAUGUCAUGAUGAUGUCAUAAUGUUAUGAUGAUGUCAUAAUGGUGUUAUGAUGAUGUCAUGAUAUCAUGAUGAUGUCAUAUUAUGAUGAUGUUAUGAUGGUGUUAUGAUGAUGUCAUAAUAUUAUGAUGAUGUUAUGAUGAUGUCAUAAUAUUAUGAUGAUGUUAUGAUGGUGUUAUGAUGAUGUCGCUGUCAAGUGAACAUUUCUCUAUUUACUUGAAUUUUUAAAUGGAUGUGAAAUAGUGGAUUUGUCAUAUACCAGGUUCACAAUAAAAUGUAAAAAAAAAAUCAACGUUGUGUGUGAGCGAGCUCCGGUAAUGAUUUAGAUCGGGGCGUUUUAUUACAUUUUGCAUGACUUACUUUACAAA